CAGGGGGGCAGCUCCACCCGAGGAGGCAGGACACGCCUCAGACCGGCCAGCUCCCGGCCUCCCCUGGCCCAAAGCCAGCAGCCGCCGCCCGCCACCUCCUCUGCUCCUCCGCUGUUACCCCGGCCGCCCCGCCGGGCCCCGAACUCGCAGGCGCCUGGGCGCUCGGCCCCUCGGCCCACGGCGCUGGCUGCGUGCUUGGGACGGGACCGAUGUGGCGCAUGCGUGGUGGCGCCACCAGGCGCGGGAGCUGCGGCGGCGGGGACGGCGGCGGGGGCAGCCGCGGGCAGGGCCGCCCGGGCCGCGUUCGUGGGGGAGGCGGCGCAGGCGGCGGGGGCGGCGGCGGCGUGGGCUGGCGAGGCCGUGCGGGCGGUGCCCGACAACAGCUGGAGGAGCGGUUCGCCGAUUUGGCGGCGAGCCACCUGGAGGCCAUCCGCGCGCGGGACGAGCGGGACCGACAGAACGCGCGGCUGCGUGAAGAGAACGCCCGACUGCGCCUCGAGAACCGGCGGCUGAAGCGCGAGAACCGCAGCCUCUUCCGUCAGGCCUUGCGGCUCCCCGGCGAGGGCGGCGACGGGGCGUCCGCGGAGCAGGCGAGGGCCACCCCGGGCACCGAGGAGGCCGGCACGAACCGGAGGGCUAGGGGCGGCGCCUCCGAGGACGAGCCGGGCAGCCCCAGGGCCCUGAGAGCCCGACUUGAGAAGCUGGAGGCCAUGUACCGCCGGGCCCUGCUGCAGCUGCACCUGGAACAGCGGGCGCCGCGCCCGCCUGGGGACAAGGAGGAGUCCUGUCCGCGCAGACCGGACUCAGGCCAGGGAACCCCGGAGCCGGAGCCCUCGGAGCCCUGGCAGUCCUGGCAGUAGCCCGAGGCCCCAGCCAGGGGGAGGCGGGGUUUCGCGCGGCCCCUCCUCCUCCGUUCACGGCUGCCCCCCUCCCCCAGCGCGCGCCUGAGCCGCGCGCUCCCGCCUCCCCCCUCCCGCCGGGCCAGGCCACUUCCGGGGGCGCGUCGCGUUCGGCCCGCAGAGGCUGAGAACGGCGCGGGGCCGCCUGUCCGCUUGUGUACAGAGCGCCUGUCAGUGGCCCCCGCUCCUUUCCGUGGAAAGAGGCCUAGCUCCGGAGGGGCGGGUUUUGAAACUGCAAAGAAUGAGUGCCAGCCAACACCUCCUAAUGCCUGAACUUUUCUGGGUGUUGUGAGGACCUGUGGUAUUUUUUCCCUCUGCUUUGGCUCUUUGAGGGAUGAACAAUACAUUUUGAAUUGGUUGAGUUUGUUGUUCAUUCUUCAGCCUCUUAAAGCCUCCAGCCUUCUCUCUUUAUGAAAAAGGUGAUAUUUGAUGAUAUUUAUAAUUUAGAAACUCAUGUCUGCCCUGGCUGUAGUCCUUAUACAUCUAAUAUAUACUGAUCUCUUUACCCCACUCCGCCCUCCCCCCCGGGAAUUUUUAAACUAUCUGCCUAUAAGUAAUUCUUUGAUUGGUAAAUAAAUUUGGUGCACUAAAGAUACCUAAAGCUAUCCCACGACUAUUAUUUAAAGUGUGUUAAAUGUUUACACAUUUCUUUAAGAAAUAUACACGUAUGUAUAUAUUAUAUAUGUUUUUAAUAUCUGAACUUGAUUAUCCUUUGUAAACUAUCAUUUUCUUUUCGAUUUAUGUUCCAGAGAUCUUUUUAAAAAUCUGAAGAUUAGUCUAAACAUUUCAUAAUUUUUAUACGUUUCAGACUUGACAACAUAGUGCACAGCUACUUUGCUUGAUAUUGCUAAUGUUUAAGAAUUUUUAAGAAAUUAUGAAUUAUAUGUAUAUCAAAAGCCCCAAAAUAAUGUGAUUUAAGUCUCAGUUGUAAUUUCAAUGCAGAAAAAAUGUGAUCAAUCUUAACAAAUAUUCUAAAAUCAGUUGCUUAUAUUUUGUUAAUGAAUAACAUUUUUUGCCUAGUAAUGGAGAGGAUGCCAUUGUACCUGGUAAAGAUCAUAGGUGUAAGAGAAUAUUUAAGUGGUGGAAAACACUUCAGUUUAAGGAGGAAAAAAAAAAUGAGAAGAGUUUUUGUUACAGCUAGAAAAAAAUUAUGGUUAGAAUUUUUGUUUUAUUUUUGGCAUAUUCCAAAAGUUUAAUAGCAUAUAUUAUAAAACAAAUUGCCAAGGAAAAUAGUUUUGAGAUUUUUCUAAUCCUGGGUAUUGAAGACACUUUGUGCAUUUUGCUUAAAGGUAGUUGAUAGUUGUGGACAUUAAAAUCUUCCCCUACGACCAAGAAAUAUGAGAAGAAACUUGGUGAGAAUAAGUAGGUAUGUGAAAAGCAUUUCUAUCCGCUUCAUUUUCUAAUAGCGAAAGAAUUACAUUUUUAGGAGGCAUAGGAAUUGAAGAAUGGAAAAAUCAUGUCGGCCCUACUCCUACUUUCAGUGUAAAUUAAUCUCUCUAAGCCUUAGAUUUCUUACCAUUAAAAUGAACAUAACAUCUACCUCAAAAUGUUAUAAAAAUUUUAUUGAGAUGCUAUAUGCAGAACACUUGCUUCAAAAUAAGAGCUCUAUCAGUAAGAAUUAUAAUCCAAAUUGUGAAAUUUCAAGUACAUAUUUUACUGACACUUAACUUUCCUUCUGUAUUUUGCUCCUAUAUGACUUUAUGGAUAUUAGCAGAUACGUAUAUUUCAAAUGUGUUGAAAUUUUUCUCUCCUUUUAAGCAAACAGGAGAUAAAGCCUUUAUAAUAAGGGAAUAAUACAAAAAGUUUAAAAAUAUUUCCCAGUUGUGGCAAUUGGCAAUUUAAGAACUAAGCAAAAUAUUCAGUUUACCUAGUUUUAAUCAUCCUUUGUUUUAAAAUCAUGUAUAAGUAUGGUGAAAAAAAGUUUUGUAAAGUAAUGAGGCAUACACACAUGAGGAAUUUUUUUGAGCAUAAUUUCUGAAAAGUCUUAAAAAUUCUGAAACCCAAAUGUCCUGUAAGAUGGGUUAAGGCUAAUAUAUAUUUCAAUUUUGUUGAAUUUCCCCAAUGAUAACUAAUAAAGCAUCAUGUAAUAUAAAAGAUGCUUUGCUAUAUCAAAAUAUGUACCUGUUUAAGAAAUGCGUAGUUGAUUUUAGAAAAGUUUUGUCUAGGCUCUAAUUUGAUCUGAAAAAACCUAAAACUACAGAUUAUCAUACCUUGUUACAGUGACAUUUUAUUUUCAUAACUUCAGAUUCGUUGUGCAAUGAAAAGAGAGCUUAUAAUAGAAGUGACCAACAAAAAUAUGUCAUAUUAGUAAGCAAAUUCAGUGAGGAGGAUUGGCAUUUUUUUAAUCAGCAAUUUUUAUUGCUGCUACUCGCA